UGCACUGCGUGAAUGGUGGUAGCCUAGGUGUCACCAAACCUCAGUCUACUCAACCUACAACAAGGCACUCUGACCCAUUCUACGGUCAUGAGCAGGCUUCGCGGCUGUGUGCUCUUCAUUACUCGUCUUUUUACUUGUCCAGAGGACCCCCCUUCUUCUAACUCACAAGUAAAGCUCCCACUUUAUCGAAUAUUACUUCAUCGCACGAGACCUCAUUUUUCCGUAACUUUCGCCGCUCUCGUGUCCCGCUCCAGAACUCAAGGUCGGACGCGCGCACUUGUAUAAGACCAUCCAUCAUAUGGGUAUUCAUUGAUAUGCUACAUGCUAGGAUACAAAUAAUACAAUAUCCUAACGAAGUUUAUCUGCCACGUCAGCAACGGAAGGCGCCAUGUCAAGUAACGAAGGAGAGACAUUCACGAAGAAAAGACAGCGAUUCAACGGAGGAGGGAGCCGGCAUGCGGGCAGUGGGGAUAUACGGUUGAGGAUUGUAUACUGCUCGGUGAUGGCUGCAACAUCAACUUGAAGCGAAGAUGUUGCGCAGAGUCUGGGG